CGCCCGCGCGCCCCAGGAGCACUGCCCGGCUCGGAGCACCCCACGUCGAGGCCCGCCUGGCCCCGCGCCGGCUCCUGCCUUUGGAGUUGGCGGCGGGAGGACGAGCACGGACCGAGAGACGGAGGCGAGCGCCCGAGCCAGCGGGCCGAGCGCCAUGCGCCGCGCCAGCCGAGACUACACCAAGUACCUGCGCGGCGCCGAGGAGAUGAGCAGCGGGGGCGCCCCGCACGAGGGUCCCCUGCACGCCCCGCCGCAGCCCGGGCCGCCCGCGCCGCACCAGCCCGCCGCCGCCUCGCGCUCCAUGUUCGUGGCCCUCCUGGGGCUGGGGCUGGGCCAGGUCGUCUGCAGCGUCGCUCUGUUCCUCUACUUCAGAGCGCAGAUGGAUCCUAAUAGAAUAUCAGAAGAUGACACUCACUGCAUUAAUAGAAUCUUCAAACUCCAUGAAAACGCAGAUUUGCAAGAUACAACUCUGGAGAGUCAAGACACAAAAUUAAUACCUGACUCGUGUAAGAGAAUUAAACAGGCCUUUCAAGCAGCUGUGCAAAAGGAAUUACAACAUAUUGUUAGAUCACAACACAUCAGAGCAGAAAAAGCUGCGGUGGAAGGUUCAUGGUUAGAUCUGGCCAGGAGGGGCAAGCCUGAUGCUCAGCCUUUUGCUCAUCUCACUAUUAAUGCCACUGACAUCCCCUCAGGUUCCCACAAAGUGAGUCUGUCCUCCUGGUACCAUGACCGAGGUUGGGCCAAGAUCUCCAACAUGACUUUCAGCAACGGAAAACUAAAAGUUAACCAAGAUGGCUUUUAUUACCUGUAUGCCAACAUUUGCUUUCGACAUCAUGAAACUUCGGGAGACCUCGCUACGGAGUAUCUUCAGCUGAUGGUGUAUGUCACUAAAACCAGCAUCAAAAUCCCAAGUUCUCAUACCCUGAUGAAAGGAGGAAGCACCAAAUACUGGUCAGGGAAUUCUGAAUUCCACUUCUACUCCAUAAACGUUGGAGGAUUUUUUAAGCUACGGUCUGGUGAGGAAAUAAGCAUUGAGGUAUCCAACCCUUCACUACUGGAUCCAGAUCAAGAUGCAACGUACUUUGGGGCUUUUAAAGUUCGAGAUAUAGAUUGAACCCCAUUUUGUGGAGUGUUAUCAUGUAUUUCCUAGGAUGUGUGGAAAACAUUUUUUAAACAAGCCAAAAAAGAUGUAUAUAGGUGUGUGAGACUACUAAGAGAUAUGACCCACAAUGGUACAAGAAGACUCUAUCCAUGCUUUUGACUCUGUAGAAAGCACAUGUAUUUACAGCCAAUGGGAGAUGUUGGACUCAAGGUGUGUUACAAUCGAAAGGCUUUCUUACACAAUGGUUUUGAAAUUUUGUAAUGAAUUCCUAGAAUUAAACCGAAUCAGAGCAAUUAUGGUUGCCUUUAUGAAAAACUGCAUUUGGGCUAUGAGAUGGGUUAAUUCUCUGGGUCUAGCCUGCAGUUAUGUGCCACUAUGCAGCUAAUUGCAAAUGGAUGAUCAUCAGAAGGGUUAAGUUCUUUUGAAUUGUUACAUCAUGCUGGAACCUGCAAAUAAAUACUUUUUCUAAUGAGGAAAGAAUAUAUAUGUAUUUUUAUAUAAUAUCUAAAGUUAUAUUUCAGAUGUAAUGUUUUCUGUGCAAAGUAUUGUAAAUUAUAUUUGUGCUAUAGUAUUUGAUUCAAAAUAUUUAAAAAGUCUUGCUGUUGACAUAUUUAAUGUUUUAAAUGUACAGACGUAUUUAACUGGUGCACUUUGUAAAUCCCCUGGGGAAAAAUUGCAGCUAAGGGAAAAAAAUGUUGGUUGCUAGUAUCAACUGUAUUAUAUUUCUUCAUUCUUUUUAACUUAAUAGAUUUUUCAGACUUGUCAAGUCUCUGCAAAAAAAUUUAAAUAGAUGCCUUGAAUAAUAAGCAGGAUGUUGGCCACCAGGUGCCUUUCAAAUUUAGAAGCUAAUUGACUUCAGAAAGCUGACAUUGCCAAAAAGGAUACAUAAUGGGCUACUGGAAUCUGUCAAGAGUAUUUAUAUAAUUAUUAAACAGGUGUUUUUUUCUACAAGUGCUGCAAAUUGUAAAUUUUUUUUAAUGGAAAAGUUAUCAGUGGCUUAUCAGCAAAAAAAAUCCUGUUUUUAAUUUAGUGGAAGUUAUUUUAUACUGUACAAUAAAAACAUUGCCUUUGAAUGUUAAUUUUUUGGUACCAAAAUAAAUUUAUAAGAAGACCUGC